AUGCCGCCGUGUCACCGUGACCUGAAUCGUCCCCGCCCUCGUCGGCCGCCGACUGUUCUGUCAACUGCCUCCCCCCGAUCUGAUCUUAACGGGGGACAGUCGCGGUGCGGAACUAUCGGGGACGUCUCCGCGGCCGGCGAGGCGGGGGCGAUUCAGGUCCCGGUAACAUGCCGGUCGGAUGCAGCCACAAAGGCAGCAUUGGCGGGUCGCAUAUCAAACAAUUGCGCUAUGUAAGGAGAGCUGUACGCAUGACAUCCCAGUCUCUGAAGAUGUGUAGACGAAGCAACUACUCGAAACGUCGCACCUCCAAUACACCUCUCAUGGUGAACGCCUCCUCUGCACCUAUGUACUUAUUUCCCAUCCGAAAAGUUCGUUUCCGUUCUUCAUUCGUUCUGCUGGGACAAUUAUUCAGCUUUGAAUUCAAUUUUUGUAUCAUCGACUACAGCGUCGAAAUCCAUACCUUCCAAUUACUGUGACCUAAUUUAAGACGACAGUAAUCUGAGACGGAUGCGUGGUAUAUAUUUGAGAUCCCGUAUAGACUUGGUUUAUUUAUGUUUAUCCGGGAAAUAAUGGCCCGCAUCUGUGGACUCAGUGAUGAGGAAGGGAGUGCCAAGGCUCUGAAAUGAUACACAUUGUUGGCUUCGACUUCUGCUCAAAGGAGAUUCGAAGUAUGGUAGCCUUACUCUCCGUCAUUCGAAAAUUGAUUUCCGACUUCGAAUUUAAAUAAGGACGAUGCUUGUCGUGUUCAGCAUACUGUGCGUUUGUAUGUUAUACGACAAUGACAAAGACAGGAUGGCGUUAAAUCGGCGAAGCUGGGAAAGUGGGGCUCUACGCUUUGGAAAACCAAGCGAAACCCGUGUGCUUUUGUUUUAAAGUGCCGAUGUCCAGGUUUUACCGCUCAGUUUAUGUUUUUGAAAACUUCGACUGUUCCUUUUUCCCAACCUUCGUUUCAUGACCAUUAUCGUGUCAACAAUAUGGUCAGUAAUGCAUAGGGGACAUUUAAACAUGGAUCUGUCUUAUUUUUAGCUAAACAUUAUUAAAGGCGAAAAAUCCGACGGGUGACUAUGCUUCGCAUUUCCAUGAGAACAUACAGACACUGUAUAUUUUCAUUUCAUUCAAAACUGUAGCUCAGAACCUGCGAGGACGACACAUGUUCGUGGACCUACGGGAGUGCCGAAAUAUUUAAUCUAGUCGGCUUUCCAGUUAUGAAGUGCAGCGUUACUGGCAGUGUCCACGAAAACAAUGCAUACAAAUGCGUAUGUAUAAUUAUUCGCUGUUCCGUGGAAUACACGUUGGAUCUCAUCGACUCCACCACGAGUCCACUGUGCAGCAUGCUAUUUUCUAAAAGUAACCAGUCACGACGGUGAGGCAAGUAAUCUAACGCCCAGACAAUUGGCACUCUCGGAUGAGAACUGAGUCGACCUGCGUGAAGCUCUCCUAUUGGUGCUUGGAGUUUGUUACCCAGCGAUGAACAAAAAACUUCAACGACUCCACAAAAAGAGAGUGAUCAACCUUGAUUUUGUUAUUUUCUUAACCAACCUUUUCUUCGCCGUUUAUUCGGAUGUUUUUUUUCUCGAGAUUACGGCAGUUUUCAAGGAAUAGAAAAAAAUGAAUCCUGGUGCCAAAAUGUUGUCAGAUAUUUUUAAGAAUAGAUGAUGAACAAUAAUCGCAAUUCGCCACAUCAAAUCAUGGUUUCUUUCAGUCACAAUGGAUUUAUUGAACAACACAUUUAAAAAUGAACGAAAAUCCCCAUGGGUGGUCGUUUCGAGUGUCACACAAAAUGUCCCCUGAAUAAACGCUCAAAACUGUGUGGCUGAUGCCGAUUAGAUGGGUGUCACUGGCCUAUCGUCUUGAGUCAUGCACCGCACUAACGGGCGGCUGAAGCAGGCGUGGAGCGACCGAUGACGUCGGGGGUAGCACACAACGAGUUAGCGAAGCACUGGGUAUAAAACCUACCUAAGAUCCAUCUGAAAAGAAUUGUUAACGCGUCACCAUACACAUGCAUACGAAAGGGUAGGAGAAGGGUUGGUGGGGGACGCAAAAGUGUCUAAUGGGAACAGAAGGAAACUUGGAAUAUAUAAUAAGGCUUGAUUGUACAAAUAGAAUUACUUUGCAGCAGAGGGGUGACUUGCCCGGAUUAAGUGAUAACACUGACAUGCCCUUUAGAUAACCGGUGGGGAGCGCGUCGCCGUGGGCAUCUGCAGGAGGGGGGGGGCGUGGGAGGUGGCCACAAAGAGAGAGAGUAGGGAACUGCGACGGGUUAGGAGAUAGGGGUUUGCGGUUAAGAAGGAAGGGCACUGGCUGUUUUCACCGACACGUCAUCACCAUCUCAAAUCCGCGCGAGAAAAACCAUUUCAUCCAAACAACCCUAUACACUCCGAGUUCGCUACAGGUGUACAGAAGUCAGUCUACAGUGCAGAUGAGUAAUUAACCAAUCAUCUUCGGAAACUGUCACCGCGCCACACAUCAGGGCGUACUUGCUCCAGAUCUUUGCAGUCCCAUGACCACCAAAAUACGGUUGGACGUUUAGAAUGGCAUUCGACCGAGGUUAGCAUAAAUCACCAAGGCAGGUAGAAGCGUUUAAGCAUCCAGCUUACGCAGACAGCAACUGGAUCAGUGGCAUUCUACUCGUUUAGGAGUGUACAAUGUAAAAGUGAAAUGGAAAUUCACCCAUGUCUGGGCAUCUUCAGACUAAUCUGCAGCGUGGAAAGUUUUGCUGUAAUGCAUACAGAAUUAAACGGGCGAAUUUUUGAACUGUCGUUUUGAUAACAACCUGAGUUGUUUAUGUGGAGCAAGUAGAUAGUUUCACAGUCUUACAUUCUCGUUGUCAAUGAUGGGUAUCUAAAGGGCUGUACCAAAAACGGACAGGCAGGUGUCAAAAGCUGCAGACAUGUUCAUCGCCGCAGUAUUUGUGAAGCACCUCGCUCGCCGGAGUAGCGGUCAGAUUUUGAGGGCGGCUGAUGGGUCAUAGUUAUAAAUACGCUUCUGUGGAGAGUUUGCUGAUGAUGCUGGACCAACAAGAAGAUCCAAAGUAAUGUUCUAAGGGCACUACUAGCAGCAAAUUCAUGAGCCUCAAAAUCAUGCAACAGAUUGGAAUAGGCCUGUUGCUUUAUCUGGUAAUAUACAGUAGAUGUGCUAACUCAUGAAAUGUCAACCAAAAUUUCGAAAUGCGUUCUCGUUUCGAAAAGAUAAAUUAAGUAGUGUUAUAAAACUAAGCAUGAUGCAGCAUAAAUCUAUAAUGAUCCAGUUACCUUAGGGUGUUGGCUUUCGAAAAAACUUAUUUUCGGCUGCAUGCAAGAUCUAUACUCUGCAAAAAUGACUACUUAAGCGGCAUGCACUUUUCUCAUUUAUUUUCAAUGCCCUUGAAAAUUCAAUCAUAUUUCCUGAAAAACAUGCAUAAAAAUAUUCAUCCUUUUUUUAUUCGGUAGAAAAUCACGUCUUCUUAAAACUUUAUACUCAAAAGAGGAGAAUAAUUCGGUUUUAAAAAACUUUUCUAAUUCCCGAAUAAUUUUGAACUCGACCUGCUGUUACACAUUCAUUCAGGGUUUCAAAACUACAAGCUGUAUAUUUUCCGUGUACGGAAAACGAUGCAUUUCUCUACGGUGUUAAGAGGAGACCAUAUGAGGUUCAUAAAAUUAAGCAGUGGAUUUGAACAAUAUUGUUAACUUUAAAAGUCAUAUUCUUAAGUGCAGAUACAUGACGUUUCAUGAACGGCCAUUUAACGGUAUUAAAAAAUCUCACAAUUAGAAACUUUUUGAAACCGAAUUAUACUCUUCUUUUGAGUAUGAAGUUGGAAGAAGACGUGAUUUUCUACCGAAUAAGUAACAGAAUGAAUAUUUUCAUGCAUGUUUUCCAUGAAAUAUAAUUGAAUUUUCAAGGGCAUCGAAAAUCAAUGAGAAAAUUGCAUGCUACUCCAGUAGUCAUUUUUUGCAGAGUAUAGACCUUGCAUGCAGCCGAAAAUAAGUUUUUUCGAAAGCCGGCACCCUGCGGUAACUGGAUCAUUAUAGAUUUAUGCUGCAUCAUGAUUAGUUUUGCAACACUACUUAAUUUAUCUUUUCGAAACGAGAACGCAUUUCGAAAUUUUGGUUGACAUUUCAUGAGUUAGCACAUCUACUGUAGUAUGCCGUCGAGGAAGCAACGCCAGCGUACUUCGAAACCGACUGAAUUCCCCGAACUCAGGGGAAUCUUUUAGCAAUCCAAGCUACCAUAUUACAGGCAAACCUUCUCAAGUUCGUGUAUACAACUUGUCAAAGCAAGUUUAAGGGCGACGGUAGGGUUAAGGACCUAGUUAAGUAGUGAUGACUGGCAGUUCUACCCAAGAGCAGAGAAGCAAACAACGGGGAUUAACUGAGCACGAGUUAAGGAAUAAGCUCAGUUGUUCUAUAGAAGGGCACUCUCUCAAAAAUGUACACCAUAGAAUAUCCAGUCGGAUACCCUAUCUGCAUACAUUCAUCAUUUUUGAUCAAAGGUAUCGUUUUGUUACCGACUGUCUUUUGUAGAUUCCCACGUCUCCCUUAGCUUACUUUCCUGCGUGAAGCCCCGACUGUAACCCCCCUAUUAUCAUCAUUCCGGUGUAACACAAUCCAGAGUAUACCUUCAGUUAAUUGGGGUCUAUCGUUCAACGUUUGCCAGUUUAAGAUCCGAAAUGAUUAUGGCGGGUAUAUUUACGUGCAUCACAAUAGGAAUGUUGUUAUCCCACAGACUAUGCAUCAGAAUAGUAGUAAUAUUGAAGGAGGCCUUUUAACUUGCCCCCACUGCAAGCGCAAGUUUCAGUCACAAUUUGCUCUGCCCGAACACCUUUUUACCUAAAGCACCGGCAAUGUCGUCAUGGCGCAGAGGAAGUAUACUUUUGGCGGUUUUAAGUUUUCAUCUGGUUGACACCCUGGCUGAAUUUUGUAAACGAAAGUUGACUCAGAAACAUACCCGCAUUGUUCGCAACGCAACCGCAGGCGCUCGGGCAUUAACUCUGUUCAACAAAGGUAAAAUCCUUACUCAAAUUGCCGCACUACUUAAGCCUACCCCUCACACAAACAUACAGAGAGAUUCUAACUCAUUUACAGAGGAAAUAAGCACAAAUUAGCCCGGUGUGAAAAAGACAAAAAUUGGAAACUCAAUGUCUUAAAUCAUCAAGCCUUGUAUAGUAAAGCAUGCUGAGGAUAGUAAUUUUCAACCGUGGUAACCAACUCGUUGGCCAUCUCAGCAUCUUUCCAUUGACGCAUUCUGAUUGGUUAGAUCUCUUGCUUUUGCUAGCCGGUCGUUUUGCUUGCGACAGACGCGGAGGCUUGGAAAGGAAGGUUGGGUCGCAGAUGGGAAUAUCGGUUUCCUAACGUAAUAUAGUUUGCCUGCGUUAAAUUCAGUGGGGUACCUAUUCCUUUGUCUUAGAAUUAGCCUCGAACCACACGGCUCAAACCCUUACCCUCACCCUCCUGGAAUUUAGCCCAAGGCCGCCUGGGAUACAGUGAUCCAUGUUCCCCUGACUUACCACGAGUUUUGUUCUAUAUUUCCCGUUCCAUUGUGCCUGCUAGGCCAGUGAGAAUCGAUUAGAACUGUUGUAUCUGGCGGAAUAAACGCCCAGUUAAUGACCGACAUUCUGUUGUUACUGAAGUGUCUUUGAAUAAUGCUGUAUAAUAAUCCGUAUUACACCCCCAUCCGGUGAUAAUUUUCAAGCGAGAUCACACUUCAGAAUUUUGUUUAAUAUCUCAUGAAAUACGCAAACUACCUUAUAUAUUGUAAGAAGGAGGUCAUUCUGCCAUUAUUUAGUCGCUCCCCCAUGUCUUUUUAGAUAUCCGGUGAUGCCGUCGAAGAAAAACAACCCCUAAUUUUCUAUGACAAUCGUCUCGCUUACCAUCCGGCAUUUCCAGAGGGCUGCGAUUUCCGAUGUAGAUUCACUUCCGACCUGAGCCAGCUAAAACAGUCCCAACUAGCAGUAUUUACGGCGAAUCCACCAGCAAAUGCAAACAUCCACUCAGGUAAUGCACUGUGGGCAUUUGAGAGCGCAGAACCGCCGCAUAGGAGGCCGUGGAUCUCGGAGAAGACGAAAAAACGGGUAAUCACUUUCAGUUUUCAUUGAAGUGACGUGCUAUGCCGUGAAUUUAAGGAAUAAUAAAUGCAACAUAAAGCAAAAGUGCAAAAGUUACUGCCUAAAUGUGCUCGUCUAUUAUGCAGAGCGCCAUGACCAUUGCUGGCCAGCUCGGAUUUAUUAGCCCCUCAAGUAAGUCUGCGGGCUUGGCAUUUUGGCAAAUGGGUUCAUCGAGAUGAUUGAUGUGCUCUCGCGCCAUUGUGACUUUUUCGUAGUGGUUUUCUAGGUGUGUGUGCGUGGACGUUUGGAGGUAACCGGUGUUCUGCGUGUCACCAGAUUUUAUUUUAUGCAUCCCGAUGUCAUACUGUCACUUUCUUGACCCUCACACUCGAAGAAUGACUAAAUAUACAUAUUUUGCGAUCGUGAUCAGCUACGUGCUAUUUUCGUGGACGUCUUGGUACUCGAACUCGUCCUGGCCGCCUUUGUAAGAGGCGAGUAGUCAACUUGGAGCCCGCUAUAUUGAAGCCGUUACACUUUGGAUUUGCGGUUACCUGAUAUUUAGAACCAGCCUGGUGCCUCAUGUGAUCAGUUUUUCUUCCGGAGUGGCCGUUCGAUGGACGCAUGGUGAAUGGUUGGAGACGUCAUCGCUAGUGCAUACGGCAUAGUAAGGAACAUUUUUUCCCUCUCGAAUGCAAUGAAAGACUGACGCACUGUAAAGCCCCUUUCACUCGCUGAUAGGAAAUCUGCAACGAGCAUCAGCACCUACGCUCCCUCUGAUAAACACUUUCUACGUCGACUUGCAUUUUCUCCUCGUGUUUGCAGCGAAAACGUCGAGGCUGACUCUUCCAGAUGACUUCAGUGCACGAGUAGGUGCACUCGGCUAUCGGAGGAGGGAGUGACUGGCCGUCGGAACACAGAUAAGUCGCAAUAGCGGCGGAACUGUACCGGCAAGGACUAGCACAGAACACGAGCGUUCAGUCUCGAAACUGUAUUCGGCAACCUCGAUAGCAAAGGAACUGGCUGGUUACAUCUUCGCGUUUAUUGCUUGUAAUGGCUGGACUGGGUACUUAUCGGAAGUCAGGCCACCAAAGCGCACUUGUAGUAAUAGCAUCGUCUUCUGUCGAAUACUCAUCAGGUACUUAUCUCAAAUCUGGGACUGGAAAUUCCACCAUAAUCCAAAUGAAGCGCUACCCUGAGCCAUGCCGAGCGCAGACGAGAAGUUGUCCUCAAGAUGGAUAUCAGCACAAAGUGCAUGCAGAUCUUAAAGUGUUGGACGCGUAACUUGACCCAAAUGUUGUUAAACCCACAGUUACCGGCAUAAGCCUCGUAUCUCAGAUGGCUACAGCUUUGGCUGUGCUCGAGUUUUGUCUUACUGUCGCAGGUUUGAAUCGCACCGAGAUCGCGGAGUUUUUUGCAAUUUUGUCAUAACGACUUACUCAAGAUCUGCCAAAGAACCCAUUAAACAGACUCUUCGAAGCUUUUGUAAUCGGUGCAUCUACAGCGCAAAAAAUCGAUUCUCACCAACUUCACCGAAAAUAAAAAACUGGGCGAACCGCCUGGCAACCCAUGUAUGGCCUAUAAAAUAUAAUUUGUCUUAUGUCCGAAUUAAAGAUCACAGAUUUUUCUGGACCAGGAUGAGUAUACAUAACAAGUGGUCUAAGAACGCCAAAUUAGGAGACUUAUUUCACGUCGGCAAUUUAUCAUACCUGAGGGAAGGGCAUACGUCUCCUCUUUAAGGGUUCACAUAUUCCCGAUCGCAGUCAACGGGAAAAGCAUGCGCUUGCCGAUGGUAGUGCUUUUGCUUGAGGGCCAGUUGAAAUACUCGUCCGGUAAGGCCUCGGAAAUGACCACUUGACGGGGGUAACUAGUGCAGAAACGACCGUUUCUGUCUGCAUUUCUUUAUUAUUUCGCCAGUUAUACUGUCCAUUGUGAUAGUCCAGACAGUGUAACAAGCUACCUUUCCUGUAUGUCCUCAUGACUAUACAGGAAGAUGGUUCAAUAAGGCGAUCGGUUUUCGGCAAGGAUACGUGGAAAGGUCGAUACCUACACCUCUUGAGCCUUGUGCCGAUAGAACGAAAGCGAAACCUGGUCUAAAUUCUUUUCCAAAGAGCAAGAACCACUGGAUGCUGAAAUGUCUUGCCUCAAAACAGUGCUGCUUAAAGGGGGAUAUCCAACACGGUUCAUCGAAAAGUACAGCAACACCUUACGGCCAAAAUUGACGGAGCAAUCACUUCCGAAAAGCCCUUUGUAAUAUCCUUACCUUUUAAGGGUGACAAUAUCUCAAAUACCAUCAAGAGACGAUUGAGAGGCGCCAUUGAAAGAACAUACAACUCAGCCGAACUCAUAUUCUGCAGCCCUACUAAGGCUAUCUCCAAGUUCCAUGGACAAAGAAUGCCUUGCCAUUGUACGCUAAAUCAAAUUGUGUUUAGAAAUUCACAUGCACUGGUGGAUGCAAAUACACUGGGCGAACGCAAAGGCAAUUGUCAGCCAGGUCAGUUGAGCACCUGUCUAAAUAGCCUCUAAAGCAGUAGAAUAAAAUUGCGCGGUCUUCGAUCACAACGCACCUCCUAGAUUGCGGUCAUUCGGUUGACCCCAAAACAUCUUUUCGAGUAUUAGUUCGAGCACGAACAAGGCGGAUACUGCGUCACUUGGAGGCAGCCUACAUACGGCGAUAGAAACUCGACCUAUGUAAACAGUUAGACCACUUAGUCCGCCUCAGCUUGCCCUGGUAUAUCUGAGCCCUUUGAUUUGCGCAAUCCCUCUGCGUGCUAACUUCUCCGUUUUCUUUCCUAUGUUGCGUUUUCAAGUUACUAUUUUGUUGAUUAUUCUGCAUGCAGUAUAUGACGACCCUGCUGUUUUAUAUUGAUUUCCCCAAUGGAAAUACAAAUCUCUGUAUCUUUAUCAUUUCCUGUCUGUGUUAUACAACGACAGGCUGCAAUUGAUAAACUGUUGGGAAAUUUAUUGGUUUCAAUAAAUUCUGCUGCCUAUGCUUUUCUCAAAUCCAUCCCGGAGAAAUAUUACUUCAAGUCAGAUAGUCUUUACUGGCGACCUCACCAUGAGGGGAAAUCAAAGUGAAAUAUUUUCGUCGAUGAUUUAAUGUCUGCAGACGCUCCCUUUGGUCAGAAGACAGUUCAACCGUCGAUUUCAACCAAUGUCAACUAUGCGCUCCGCGACAAUGUGAGAGCAGAGACAGCGACCUGUUCGUAGUAGUAGGGGGGCUUGCGUAGCAUCUCCCGCACAAUUUUUGAGAGAUUGUGCGAUGUGCUUGCCCCAAACAAAUUCUCUGGAUAGAAAAAUAGGAACGCUGAAGGUAUUUCAACAACGGCUGGUUACAGUCGAUGCCUUGGCGUCUCUGCUUUUGGUUAAACAAACAAGCGCAUUGAAUUACCCCCGUCAGGGGUUUUACUUCAGUUAAACUUAUUCACUGACUCAGGCAAUGCACAGUUCUUUUUAUAAAAUUGACGCUCCCCUAACGCCAAACCAUAGUUGCGUUUCGUCAAUUCUCUACUUGAAAAUGCCUCUCACUCCAAAUAUCGCUUGAUAUUUAUUGGUUGCUCUCAUAAGACAGGUGGUUGAUAGCAUUAUUUUCACUUCGUUCCAACAGUUGUCAAUGUUUAUUACAUAUCAUCCCUACGCUACGGUACCAUACUACUAUGGAGUCUAUCGAGCCUUCAAUAAUCCAGAGUGUGUCAUGUCGGAGGCACAGCGAGAACGCCUGCGUCGUCAAAACUCCAUUCAUCUUCUACCGGCACAUCAUUUAAGAAGGACAAAAAAAGUCGCCUGGGCGGUCUCCGACAACGAACCUUUGAAUAACCGCACUAAACUUGGCAACGCAAUUGCUAAGUACAUUGAGGUAAGACCAAACGGUUCAAUAUCUGUACAGUAUAUACUGAUGAGAGCAGUAAUAUGCAAUCGUCAAAGUGCCUAAUAUGCAUUUUCAAUAUUAGCUUCUGAAAAUCUUACAGAAGCGUUUGAAAAAAAGCAAUGCCAUCUUAUAUCAGCGUUUCGGUCUAUGAAUAUAGGUAACUUGGAAAAUUCACAAGACUGUGAUGCAGUAAAUUAUGCUAAAAUUUACGCGUAGCAAUCGCUUUUUCGGUUAGAGCACAGAACAGAGACUUUGUCUGGGCAGAGUAACCAGGCACAUGUGAAGCCAACGGUCGGGUCCUGUCUCCACUACCACUGUCGGUGUCAGAGAAAUUGACUCACCCACAACAAGCACGCAAAAUGAAACCACGGCGAUUAACGACUCAGUCGCUGGCAGUCCAGCAGUUAUCGCAUCAUGUUCCACGUUCGGCGUCGAAUGCGGUAGCCGUUAAUUAGGAUAGGAGUGGAGUGGCACAGAAGCUGCAUCCUAUUGGAACAGUCUUGCCUGUGCAAAACAUACUUACCUGAUUAUAUGUAUAUACUGAUAGAUCAGUGUACGCAUUCAAAACGUCCGAGGAAUAAACAUAUUCCUCCAACAAUCGGGUCUCCAUCUCCCCAGGGGGCAUUUUGCUUGCUUUGGAAGUUUGACUUCUAAAUUACCACAUUCAAAAGCGACGAUGCAUGUUUUGGCAAGGCCUAUUCGUGUGAAUUUUGUAACGUGCACUCAUUACUGUUGUGAAACUGUUUAGGACGGUCCCUACACGUCCCUCCAGCGCAUACCGCACGAAACAGUACUUAAAGCGCACACACUGUUAACGAACUCAGCGGACCUGGACGGAAAAACGAGAAGCGACGGACUGCCAGAAACUACCACGACAUAGCUGACCUCAUUCUAAAAUCGGCCUCCAUAUAUGAGUGCCAUUAUUAAUCUCGAGCGGCAGUUUGCAAGGAAGAUUGUAAAUCGUUGGAACAGGGUCUUCACUGGCAGGGUAGGGCACGCGAAUGUCAUUAUCCGUCUCGUAGUCCACCAGCAUACUUGGCGUGUUUCAUUAAAAUUUCGCCCGACUGCCAACCAUGGUCUUUGUCUUAUAGCAUUACUCUCGGCGUCAGCCUUGCAAAGCGACAAUAUUCAGAGUCUUUUUUCCUGACCUCUCCGGCUACCGUUUUGUGGCGCAAUUUUGGACACUGAAUAGAAGGACGUUUCAUACACAGGAUACCUAGUAGGACUUUAAUGAGAUUGUUUCGAAGAGAGCAGACUUAGGUUUCAUUGCUCAGUCCCCACUGCCUUUAAUGGACAUGCAAUUAACAGCAAAAGAAGUUAAAAGUCAGUAGGUUCAGCAUUUUGGAAGAGCUGCGCUGUUCUCAACUUUGUCCUAGGAUCUAACGUUUUUAUAUAUUAUGUCUACUCAGCAGCAUCGUGUCUAGAUAACCACAAAAAGGAAUAUUAAUCACUAACUGGUUCUGUAAGCUUGAUGAGCAUUUGUCCAGAUGUGAGUGGCAGUACGUCUGAGAGUUUCAGGCCAGCAAAUUUUAUUCUGCACAUUCGGGGUGAAACCUUUUUAGAUUUUCUAGAUUUCUGAAAUCUAACCAGGAUUCCUUUAUUCUAAUCAACUCAACUUCUAACUGAUUCAAAUAUCUGUAGACUUCUUUUCAGAAAGUUUAAAACAUAAAGAAGACUUCUUUUUGAUAAGGACUAUUGUGUAUUCUGUAGGCCACCCUCUGUUGGCGGGGUUUCUCUCUUAAGGGCUCAACCUUCACCCCAAUAGCCCUGCAAAACGCAUUGGACAGGUCUCACUUUAUGUAGACUAAAAGAAGCUUUGCUCUGAACGCAAAAAAUUCCGCCAACAUGUUGAUUUUCCGUUUUAGGUGGAUAGGUAUGGGAGAAGAGCCAAACACUGCCCACUUGCGGGGUACUGUUUUGAACAGUUAUCUCGAGAAUACAAGUUCUAUCUAUCCUUCGAGAACGCCAACUGCGAAGGCUACAUCACGGAGAAGUUUUUCGUGAACGCCCUGGCGUAAGUCCUCAUGUGUUCAAUUUUUUUCGGUCGGACAAGCAAAUAUUGACCACAGUAUUAAUGGUGGACGUGCCCUAAAUGCAAGGGGCCUCAGGGAUUAGUUUGGGUUAAGGAGGAGGAUUAAAAUUAGAACAAGAAAAUAGGUACUCUCUGAACUUUGGCUGGAGCUUGAAUGAAGUGCCCAUAUUGUUUGUCAUCUACGUCUAUCUCGAUUCUUACUUAACGUUAGACGGACAUAAUAACUACAUAUUGUCAACUAGGUUGAGUCCCUACUUUUGGUUCGAAUAUAAAAUGCAGGUCACCAAUCGGAGGCAGAAGACGAAACAUGCGAGUGCUUCCUUUUGUUGCAGGCGAGAUAGAAGAUUAGGUAAUUGUGGUGUCUGGCUUAUCGAUAGGCAGAUUGUCUACCCUGUAAGGUGCAUCACCUUCUAGAACAAGCUGACACGAUCGAUUCUGCCGUCACAUGGAUAUUUGAACUAGCCGCGAGCUGUGUAAUACGCAAAAGCUUGAGGUGGUAGAAUCAGACAGAGUUUGCAAUCUCCGCCCAUUCACCCACGUCUGCGAAGCACUACGCAGCCAGACUGCAUGGCGCAGACCAUCGUAGCUGUCACUAAGGUCAAGGGUGAUGUCAAUUCUCCCGUUGCUAGUUUUUAGACACGGGCGUUAACCCCCCCCCGGGCCUAUAUUGAUGGGUUUAAAUAGUCAUUCAACAGCCUGGGGAACUACUUUGAUGCUUUGAACGGGUUUUCAGGUUUGAGGAUGCUGUCACAUGUAGAACAAUUGUCUCUGUCUGUAUUUAUUUUGCAAGAUAAAAUAGGCUUUGGUUUCCAUUGGUCCUGAACAGAUCACAGGGGUAUGCUCGUUCAGUUUAUUUGUCAACUGGUGAGCAGCGAUUUGUUUCAGUUUUGUGCUGUGCGGUUCGGGUGGUUAUGUCUGUGAGGCAGAAGGCUACUGCUACUGAAGUGACCUACUCACUUGCUGCUGGAGACUUCUUGAAUAUGGCGAUUCGCAUUUUUACGGUAAAUUUUCGGGGAUCGAAGACACCAAGCAAGGGAAACUGACUCAUUCCUCUUCCACUGUAGGAUUAAUAAUUUGGGCAACUAAUGUCAGUAAUUACCUGAGACGCGCAGAGCGAUUAGUUGUGACAACUACAAAGACUUCGUGGACAUCACGAGUUCAGAAAUACGUUGACACUUGGCGAAUACCAAGUGCAUAAUCUGGCGAGCCACCCUAUCAGCUGUCAGGCAUAAUAGACAGGAUCAAAAGGAGAGGAGGCGUUCACUGGGAGGAGUUUAUUGGCGGUCUGGUGUUUUGAAUAGUUGCCUCGUCUACCCAUCUUCAGAGACCGGGAGGUCACGCGCACACCUCUCCUUAUAUGGUAAACUUUGAUGCGCGGCACGCCAAUGUCGCCUGUGUGGCUGCAUCCGACCCGCAUGUCACCGUGACCUGAAUCGCCCCCGCCCUCGUUGGCCGAGGAGAUAGUUGACGGCCCCGAUUGUUCCGCGUCGUGACUGCCCCUGUUAAGAAGCUUCGUAAAGUCAAGAAGGGAAGACAAAGUGAUGUGGCGGUUGACAGUGCAGUCGGUGGAAAUCCAGGCCUCUUGAACCUGCCUUGCUGUAUAAUCAUCACCCCGGCCCACAACCUCAACGAUCUCAAAGAUGAAGACGUUUCCCAUUUGCGCGACACUUUGAGUCCAUCUUUCGCACUGCCAAAUUAUGCUCAUAUAUUCGUCAUUCAAGCCGUCGGCCGAUUUUUCCGACGUAGUUGCUAUUCUUGCAGCUGCACUGAAGUCGCUAGAUAACAACCGUACAUCUCCUGCUUAGGGAUGGGGUCUUUUGGCCGCAUCACUUGCUGGCGGAUUGUCGAGUUGGACCUGUGAGCAAUGCCUAUCCUGAGCGACGCGAGAGUUCUAACCACGUCCGUCAGAAUUUUAGCUGACUGUGUUCUUCAUCCCGCUCCUGUGGUUGCCUCCGGCUCCGUCCAACGAAUGCCCGCGAGUGGCCGUUGGCUUUGAAGAGUUUUUGAAACGUCAGACCUCCAAUGGACCUCUCCCGGUGAACGCCUUCUCUUCUUUUGACAUGCCACCCAGGAAUCGCAUUUUCACUACUACUGAUAGACAGGACCUCUUUGGAAAGCCCUUGAUUUAUUCACUCACCUGUCAUAGAAGCUGGGGAUGGUGUUUGACCUUCAAGUGACCGCUUCUCUAGUUCUAAUGUUCGGCGAAAUGUUGCCACACGGUCCACCGUUAGUGCGUGAGACUGUCUCAAAGAAUGCCAUGGAGUCGUCUAUAUACUACUUCAUGUUUCUACAGUUUACAGUGAUUAUUGUAACUGAGCCUUCGGUCAGCAACUUAAGUGGACAGAGCAUGCAAUCUCUUCAGCCAAACUCAGACAGGUCACGAACAGAAGCGGGAAGCCUGAGCAGAAUUUUUUCCUCGUGUGUCUUCGCUCAGUGGGACUGUUUCAUUGUCCAUGAGUUUGCCAGACUGUGUUCAUUCGGGGUCACCAGGACUUGCAUUGCCAAAUAAUCAACAGCAUCCUCGAUUCGUUCCAGCAAGCCAUUUCUUUCUCUCAGACUGUCCUGCUGAAUUUCCCAGUUAUCUCAGUUGGAACAGAUGGUGCGUAGUGGAAUUUGUAACCAAAAGCCAUACGGAAUGGAUUUCAUGCAACGUGGACUUGAUCAUUACGUAAAUACCUCAGCACUCAUACUUUCAAAAAGGACCAAGUUUUGUGUUGGGGAAGAUCAGUUAUGCUAAAUUUUAACAAGCAUGACGGACGACAGAGACCCAGGACACACAUUGGUAUGUCUGAAGUUCGUCACUCUUGUAUUUUUAAAUUACAAACGCUUAAACAGUCAUUAAGGGUUCGCAUACUGUCCUUUCGUAUAAUGGAACGAUCGGUGAACUUCUUACUAGCCUACAUAUGCACUGAAGAAUAAGUAUCUAGAGCUAUGUUCCUAAAUACAUUGAGGAUGAAUUUUGGGGAGAAAGAGGGAUGUGACGAAGCGUCUUGUCACUUCUUUUAAUGGCUACACACAUUAAAAUGUUUGUGGGGCGAGCACUGAUCGCGUUACUGAACUCAGUCUUCCCGUCGUGCCUUUUGGCUAUCUCGCGAGCCCCACCAGAAACCACGCGGUGGCGCGUAAGAUGAGCAGACUAGCCUAACCGAAGUGGACAUUUCUAACUCCUUAACCGUCCUCAGCAAUCGUAUCCAACUCCGCGGUAUGCAUUCUUUGAGGCUUAAAGUAGUGAACUGUUAGUUAUAAGUCUAAAGUCCCAGGUAUUAUGCCUGUCCCACUGAAAGCUCUGAAAAUCAACAGAAAUGUUACUCAGAAACUCCAAAAAAGAGUUCAUAAAACUCCGGUAAUUAUUUUUUGAACAGAAUUUGUUAAUAUACAGCACAAAGGUGAAGACGAUAAAAAAUGGCUUGCACAUUAGCGAGACGAUGAUUGUUUAUUAGUUGAUGUGACAAGUUGACAAAAUACGGUGAUGAUUAUUCGGACAAUUCGGUUUCUUUAGGACAUUGACUUCUAUUGUAACGUCUGAGUCUGUGCUCUUUCUACAUUCUUCUGAAUAUGGACCCUCCAAAGUCGGCAGCUCUCGUCCUUUUUUCCAACGACCCUCCAGGUUCAACGGAAUCGGAGUUAUUUUUCAUCCCGCUGGCAUCCACUUUACCAACUUGGUUCGGCCGUAGUGAAAAAAGAUUGAUUAAUGUAAUGCUUGUUGUUAAGACUUGACUGGAUAGAUAGGCAAAGUAGGCAAAUCUGACAGUUCGUUAGUAUCCACAUGGUCGUGCGCUCAUGAUACACAGCUAGUAGACCUGUCAGAAGUCCUCUCCGGUACGUCGUCUGACUCUUGCCUUAACUCGUUAGGUCCUCGCUCAACGGUGUCAAUCCAAAAUUCAAAGAAAAACAAGAACACAAAGACCAGUAUCAUGGAAAGUGCGUACAAAACAUUUAAAAAGUCAUAGACGUUUUGGCAGAUUUUGAAUAAUUCAUACUGACCCAACUGUGAAAAACUCGGCGCCUCGGUGGGAUUUGAACCUACGCAGUAAGGGGAAGGCUUUAGUCCAGCCAAAGCUCUAACCACUUGAGGUACUAGGCCCCAAUACCUAUGAAAAUCGUGUAUAACAAGGUGGAAACCCCAGUGAGACUAGUUGCCGUCAGUUCUCUCGGCGUAGAAUUUCACUUACAUGGAAGCUCGAAUACUUGUAGGUGAUUCAUCACCGGAAAGAAGGCAGCUAACCUCAUAAAAGAACAAAGGAGCAGAUUACUACUUACUUAGUACGGAUGUUUAUCAUUGAUUUUCGAUGGUCUCCCACAUUUGAGUGCCUGUUAUAUAGAGUAUAAGUAAAAAAUCGUUUCCCACACUAACUAGUAGCAAACACGUCGUCUUCAAAAUUUAUCAAUCUGAUGAGAGAUUGUGUUUCGGUUUUGAGAUGUUUUUCAUAAAGGGAUUUUUGAGACGGUGAAAUGUCCAUUCCCAUAGCAGCAUACCUGUCCAUCUAUUUAUGCUACUUAUAAAUUACGCAAUAUAGACCACGUCUGUUCCAGAAUUUUGCAAGCCUUACACAGUAUAGUCUUGAUGACAUAGGGGCGAAUAUGGAUUAUUUUACAUAGAGAGAAUGCGGCCUCCAGUGUUGAAACUCUAAAUGAAAUAGUAACCGCAGGUUGCGUUCAAAAUUAUUUCGAUAUUUAAAAAAAAGUUUCUGAAGUCAAUCUUUGAAGAGGACGUGGUAUGUUAAGAAAUGAGUGUAAACGAUGACCAUUAUAUGUGAUUUCUGAAAAAUAUGUUUGAAUUAGUGAGGACACUGAAAAUUAAUGGAGAGAGUCAUACCGCUCAUGCAGUCGCUUUUCCUCGAUUGGAUUUGCCGCAGGCGGUCAAAAGCGGCGCUUCCGAAACCGGAACCUAGGCCUUACUGAUGUAUCUUGGUCUCAGGCUAGGCGAUAAUUAGUAUUGCGAUCCCACUUAAGCAGGCGAUUCUUAUCCAAAGCAGAUCCAAAUAAUUCCGCAAACGUUUUUCUUUAAACCAGCACAGCACGUAUGCAAUUCAGGUUUUAGGCUUAUUGGCCGGCCGGACGAGGUGGUCCUGUUCAGGACUAACAAUCCACCCACCAUGACUUCUUCUCGCUAUGGCUUGCAUGGCACACGCGUCAUUGUUUGAGCUGUGUGACCCUUGAGGCAUUGCGCGUGUGGUUUUGGGGACAAGGUCAUGCUUGCUACGCGCAGACGGCUUGUUUGGCCUUUUCAACCACUGAGUCCGCGCUCGUCUCCAGUCUUCUUGAAAUUACCUCGACAUCGAAGUGCGAAGCGAUUUAGAUGCUACGAAUGUCCGUCUUUCAAGGAAGAAAUUCACACAAGAUUCACAACUAUAUCCUACUCGGAACACCGGGGGCUCGUAGCCCGCUACAGUCACAGUAUCCGUCUGCCUUGAACAGUUCCUUGCGCAGAAUCAUCCGGACGUCGUGCGGAAGACAGGGAGAAAGCACCCAGAAAAGGAAACUUGGCAGAUUCUGAGCAAAGAAUUAGUGCGGAAGACCUUUUUCAAGUCGAAAAAUCAACCAUGCCGGAACGCGUUGGUUGCUUGCCGCCUUGGAUGCCACUCCCAUGCAUCACACCAUCGAUCGAGAAUUAUUACUAAAAAGGACACGGGGUGCCACAAUGGGCACCUAUAGAUCUUUUGAAUCUCAAAUAUGUGUACUGGACGUUGUCAAAUUACUUGAUGCAGGUGUCUUAACAUCUGAACCCUGGAGUCAUGCCCUGUUCACGAAAAUUGGUAGCAUUCAAAGUCACGAGGCAUUUGGAUUCACGUUUGCAUUCUGGAGGAAGAAUAGAGUUCGUGUAGCGUAGCGCUUUGGAGUCCAGGGUAAGGGGAUUUCGUGAAGUUUUAUUUUUUACGCCAGAAGAGAAGAAAAAUUCACUCUGUGGACAUAGCGAAAAUUGUACUGGAGAGCAACAAACAUGCGUCCAACAUGCAGCACUUAAGGAUGCCAAAUAGAUCCAUUCCCACAAAGACAUCUGUGUGAUUGCGGACUAAGAAAGGAACGAUGACAGCGAAAUCCAUAAAAAGCACUCUUGAUUACUUGCUGAAGUGUGGCUCCAGCAUUAGAUGAAAGAAAGUAAAAAGAGGAGAACAAGAUGACCAAUCCUUCAAGGCUAAACCUGGUUAGGGCUUAAGACUUGAUUUUGUGACUGCAUGGCGUCCCUAGUAGAUCAAUCUCCAUUAGGCGGUGGAGGAUCCCUUUAUGGUUGCCUACUAGGCAGUCGAGUGACACAACAAAUAAGGAAGGAGGAUGCAGGAAAAGGGCGGCGUCUUUGUCAGAAUUCUGAGUCCUUAAGAACACCAUCGAAAACAUCCAAAAUGUCUAACGACAGUUUCAUCGUGGCUAACGAUGAUGUUAAACGUACACCUCAAAACAUGAGGUGCACAAGGACAGUGACUUGCACGUGGAUUUGUUUGUAGUGAUAGUAGAUAAGCGCAGCAUCGACCGCACUCCGUCCUGCUUCACUCACCCGAGGCCGGUGGGAAGAAAAAGUCUCAAGAAGUAGAGUGGUGGCAUAGGGAGCAGUGGCUGAGAGAUCAAAAUAUGCCGUUUGCACAUACCACACACACACGACAGUUCGACCGUCGAUUUUGACGAUGCCCCACAGCAGUGGUGGGAGCAAGGAUGGUGACUUUCGCAGGGGUUUAUACUGCCAGUAGACUUGCGCUGCAUCUACCACACUCUCUCCUCCUCCUCCUCCUCCCCCGCCUGAGCCCAGUGCCAAGACAGAGUCAAGACGACCGCAGAUGACGGAGACCGCAGACCGUUAGAUUUUUGAUAAUGAGGAAUGCGUGCUGAGCGCCGCGGUAGAGCAGCUCGGUUAAUCAAAGCCACUCCCUUUUCCCACUCCCAUAAACCAGCCCGCGGUCGAAUGUGUUUAUGUAGCCCCACCUGGGGUAAAAACAACUCACGCCACCUGUAAUAUGGGACCGGUGAUGAUAGGGGUUUUUACAGAUGUGGCUGGGGAACGCACAGGCGUAGGGGUCAAGUAGUUGUAUGCAAGAGAAAAGCUAUUUGGGAUGCACUGUUUUACCCUGACUGGUUGAGAAGUAGUUCAAUAACCCCUAACUCUAACCCCUAACUAUAACUCUUAAUCCUGAAUCCUAAGCCAUAACCAUAACCCCUAGAUCUAUCCCUUAACCCCAACCCCAACAGUGCUGUGUCUAUCAAGUGGGUCUACCAAACUACACCUUACCCAUCCCGCUCUUCGUAUGGGCCAGCCAUCUGAUGCGUUGAUUGGGCGCAAAUGGCCGGUACGGCGUGAGUACGCGCCUAGGCCUGCUACCUCGUUCUCCAUUGAUGACUCUUGUUGUGAGUGCACAGACCGAUAUAUGCAUGGCGCAGCCUUAUCCGACUUCCGUGUUGGGCAAACGCGUGGACAGUGUCAGGGGGACCGCCCAGCGCACAGAACGCCCCAUCUAGCUUGAAGAAGAAGACACGAUCGCCGGGACAAGAGCUUUAUUAGCCUGAAGUUUUGGAUUCCUGCUCGAUGAUGGAUUCGAGCAGGAAUCCGAAACUUCAGGCUAAUAAAGCUCUUGUCCCGACGAUCGUGUUUUCUUCUUCUGGGACUCGUCACUUCGCUUCUAGUGGCACUAUCUAGGCCAGGUGCGAGGUUCUGAGCAGACUUUCACUUCACCCAUUGUGUAGUAGUAGCUGCGUGACUACCGCAGGAAGCGUGGAACCCUACCGAGGUCUUGAUCGAUCGUCAUAUCGAUAUACCAAUCACCAAUCAAGCACUGCGUGCUCAAGUCAGCAGCGCAGCUGGCUAAAUAUUUGAUGAGUUUUACAGUCUUUUCAUCCCUUGACGAUGGGCUCUUGUGAGAGCCCAGCGAUCGCCUUCCCGUCUUCUUCUAGAAGUUCAUGUGUAACAACCCACGAAGUGUAUGGUGUAGAAGGCAGAGGACACAGGAUCCUUACACAGGAUUCGGUUUUAGGCCUGGGAAUGAUCAGGCACUUUGACCGAAUUAAAUGAUUGGUGCCCCACACCCCCAUAUCUCCCCAACUCUCAUACAGUAUUCAAAUCAAUAUGACAGCCCGACAGAAGCGGCCAAAAUCGUUAUUUAUCGCUUGUUUACCCAGUCGGUUUUUACUACAAUAAAACUUCUGUUUGACAGGUCACACUAGCCACCAACAUUUGCUGACGAGGCCUUCUAUCGAGCCCGUAGUUUAAGGCCAUAUCCUUCGUUGUAAAUGACCGAGUUAAGGAAAUGGAAUUGUCUCGAUUUUCCCCAGGAUAUCAAACGGGAUACAGAUACAUUUUUAAUUGGCUUGGUAUAACUCUAAAUCGUUUUCCCCUGGUUAAAAUAUUAACUAAAUAUGAGAGUGCACGACCAAAAUAUGCCCAGAAGAUGCAAGUAAAAUCAAUGGAUGCUGUUUCUUUUGUUGUUGAAAAACCAGAAAACUUUAUUUUGGGUAGCUGUUUGAGUAACAAAGACUUCAAUUAGUAAUAUGAUAAUAAAGUUUAACUGUCAUCGUGAGUUAUGAGAUGAACAAUCUAAAAGGACGUGCACAUUCAUUCGAGCGCAAACUCCUGACACGAAUCUGGAUUCCUGCAGCACAUGCCAAAUAUACUUACAAUCCAGGUCAGAUGCUAUUUCAAGUGGCUCGUGAGAUAUUGAUAGUCAACGACAGUGUCGGUGUUCAUUGGAAGUAAAAGAAUGGUCAAUUAAAUACUCAAGUGUAGUAUGGCAAAAGACUUUAUCUUGACUGGCAAUACUGUGCGGGUACGUACAAAGGGCAAACUUUCGACCAAAAACAGUAUGAAUGUGCCCCAAUUUCGUAUUAUGUGAGUGUUAGUUUGCAACAUGUUCUUAUCUGGCAAGAAUGUGAGAAUGGUGAUGUGCCAGUAUGUCAUCAUAAGAGGAACUUUGACAAAUUCAUCCAGCGUAAAACACCGCUUUGCCUUGUUCCCUACGUAGAUAUGGCAUGGUGCCCAUUGUGUAUGGAGCCUCGAGAGAAGAAUUCUACGCUCGUGCACCCCCAAAUUCCUACAUCCACGUAGACGACUUUAAGACCGUCAAAGAACUGGCCAGUUAUCUCAACUACCUUGACAAGAAUGACACGGCUUAUGCAUCCUACUUUGCCUGGAGAGAACAUGGAGAAGUGCUGGUUUGUCAUUUAUAAAGAUUGUGUCCACCUUUCAGUAGGAAGUGCAUUAAAUAUUUAUUGGCGACUGAGAAGUAACCUGAAUGAAAAUCCAAGACCACAUGAACUUGCGUAACUUUAACCCCACUUGCCUACUGACCUUCAGGUCCGGUCCCUACUAGAAAGAUGAGAACUUGGACGCCAGUAUAGAGAGCAGUGCAUUCUGUGCAGGAUAACGGAGAAAAGGUAAUUUGGCGGUUUGGCACACGUCCAGCGUAAACAGAGCAGUCAUCCGAGUGCCACGGAAAAAGGCGUCAGACGCCUUGAGGGAGGGCUUGUACCUGCGCCAGUCUUCAAGCUGAGCGGUCAGUCUGGAUAGUUGUGAUCGGUCGGGAAUCAGACCGUCAAUUGUACGCGCGAAAGGUGUAGUAUUUGAGCAGGCGCUCAAGGUGGGACCGUUUUACAUUCACUCUUUGCUAAAAAGCGGCUCUAGUUAAGCAUUAUUAUCUUCUGACUGCAUACAUUUUUGAUAGAAACUAUUAGUAAGAAGCAGUCCAGAGGGACAUAUGCAAUGAAGAGUACACUAUAAUUGGGAACCUGCCAUACAGUCGUACAAUAAUUACGUGCUGAUCAGUCAAACCACAGAAUGAAUCGAAAUCGACUGUCAAGCAUAUCGACUAACGAGGAGAGCCAACUGUAUUUUUUAAAAAAUGCGCAGUUCUUAGUCUAGUCUAAAUAAGGUUAUGGCUGUGCUUCGGGCAUCUCCUCUUCUUUCUUGUGGAGGUUCGUCUGAAAUCUUGGCUGCGCUAAUUGGACUACUUCGUUACUGUAACGAGGCCGCGCUGCGAGCAAAUUAUUUGACGCAAAUGGUCUCCGUGAGUAAUUAAGUAUUCCGAUCGGUGCACUGCGCGCGAAAAUGAUGCAACUUUGCGGAAAAAUGGGAGCGAAGGAGGCCGUUGAAGACAUCACCCAAGGUAUAAAUUGGGACUCUGGGUUCAUAUUAAAUCCUAGCUCCCUUUUCGCAGGAGUAAAUUUUACCCAUGCUAUUGAUCUGUCCUCAUAGCGCCUGGCAAGCGAGUAGCAGUGUGUUGGCUGAGUCACUCUUUGCAUACUGCACUCCCUAUACUUGGCGCAUAAGAUUCCGUUGGACUUGGGAAUCGCCAUCCCGUCCGCAUGAAUGAAGACCGACAGAUUGUUUGGGUAGGCACGUGCCUACCUCCGGUAUGGAUGUCAAUUGUCGUUGCACAAUGAAAGGGGAGCAAGCUACCUUCGGCAUGGCUCAGUGUUUUCCUCUGGUAAGAUCGGGUCGGAUAGUUUGCGUCAACUUUCACAUAUCUGUAUUUUAGUCUAUCCUACGUGGUGAAGUCAGUGAUGUAUGUUUUUGGCCGUUACUUGCUGAAUACACAGGAGGACAAUCAGUGGGUCGCAUGGACCUCUUGUCGAUAACGUCGGAUUUUGUGCACGUAGGUAAUGCGUCCUGAAAAUUUGGAGUCUCUGGGUGAUAGGAUAGAACCCAGAUGGACUUUCGGUCUGAAAGGAUUAACCACUGAGGUGAAAAUCUACUGGUUCCUCGAUCACCAUGUUUAUUAAGUCAGUCAAAAACGAGAAUGCCUAAGCGACCGGCGGAACUGUGGUGCCCACCUUUGCGUGAGAAUAAGAAAUGUCCAAGUGGACACGAUGCUUGAGUUAGUCUACGUUAAAGGAAGACGGAUAAGCUUUGUCCGUGGUUUCUUUUAAGACAGAACUUGUGCAUAAUAAUAAGUGUUCGGAGAAGUGCAGACAUUGACUUUAUGCCUUGUUGUACUGCACUAUUCUUCUGAGCACUGUCCAUGUGUUUCCCUCCCUCAGACCUGGUUAAGAGUCGACUGUCGGGUUUGCGGUGUGCUCCACCACGUUCUCGCCGGCCGACUGAAACUAUACGACAGUACCUACAAGACGUACUUGGAUGAAACGAGAACCUGUACGAACACAAGCAAAAUUAACUUUUGA